AAUUUUGCUGUCAGCUGUGUGGGUGUAUAAGUUUCUAAUUUACUUUGGUUAUUAUAAUUUUUAAGCCAUUAUGUUCUAAAAGUUUAAUAUUAAAGUUAACUAUUCAAAAUCAAAAUACCGUACAUUUAUGUGAUACGCAUGCUUUGCUUUGUAUAAAUUACAUAUACGCCGAAAAAUGUAUUCAAGGAAGUGGCAUAAACUAGCCAUCAAUUUAUUCAUAUUGCUGGCGUUGCUAAGUAAGGAAAGUGGCGCUAAGACUAACUCCAAAAAUGCUGUAAUAGAUGAUAUAUCGGAUUUUAAAGAUUUCAAAAAACUAAUACGUACAAAAACCAAUGUAUUAGUGUUGUUUGUCGCGGGUGUGAAGGAAGCACCUGUUGAGUUGAAGGUAUUUCGUGAAGCAGCAAAUGUAAUACGCGGUACGGGUACUAUGUUAUUAAUUGAUUGUGCGCAAGGCGAACGCAAGAAACUAUGUAAAAAGUUAAAGGUCACACCGCACCCCUCUUUAUUUAAACAUUAUAAAGAUGGUGAUUUCAAUAAAGAUUAUGAUCGUCAAGUUAGUGUGCCGUCAAUGGUGAAUUUCAUGCGAAAUCCCACGGGUGAUUUACCCUGGGAAGAGGAUCCAAUUGGUACAGACGUUUUACACUUUGCCGACUACAAAUCAUUUCAACGUCACUUGCAAAAAGACACGCGUCCAAUGUUGGUAAUGUUCUAUGUACCCUGGUGCGGUUAUUGUAAGCGGCUGAAACCGGACUACUCUAAAGCGGCAACCGAGUUAAAAGGCAAAGACUAUGUUAUUGCGGCAAUGGAUGUAGAGCGUACAGAGAAUGCACCAGCAAGACGAAUCUAUAAUAUUACAGGUUUUCCCACAAUAUUGUAUUUUGAACGCGGCCAAAUGAAACACACUUACGAGGGUGACAAUAAUAAGGAAGGAAUUGUGGCAUUUAUGAAAGAUCCAAAUGCAGCACCGGUACAAAAAGAAAAAGAAUCCGAUUGGUCAGCUGAUCCAAACUCUGAAAUUGUGCAUUUAACGAAUCAAGGUUUCGAGCCAGCGCUCAAGGAUGAAAAAUCCGUUUUGGUAAUGUUCUAUGCACCUUGGUGUGGUCACUGUAAACGCAUGAAGCCAGAAUACGAAAAGGCGGCGCUCACAAUGAAGGAACAGAAAAUUCCUGGUAUACUAGCUGCCUUAGAUGCAACUAAGGAGAAGCCAAUUGCUGAGCAAUUCAGCGUACGCGGUUAUCCAACGCUUAAAUAUUUUGUAAAUGGUGCUUUUAAAUUCGAUGUGAAUGUACGUGAAGCAACGAAAAUAAUCGAAUUUAUGCGUGAUCCGAAAGAGCCACCACCACCACCACCGCCGGAGAAGGCUUGGGAGGAAGAGGAAGAUAGUGAGGUGCUCUUUCUGAAUGAAGAGAAUUUCAACACAGUAUUGAAACGUAAAAAACACGCGCUUGUGAUGUUUUAUGCGCCGUGGUGCGGUCACUGUAAAAAAACGAAACCAGAAUUUAGCGCAGCUGCUGAAGCAUUGAAAGACGAUCCACGAAUUGUAUUGGCCGCGGUGGAUUGCACCAAACAGCAAAGUCUUUGCAAAUCGCAUGGCGUUAAUGGCUAUCCGACUAUAAUUUACUUUUCGUACCUAAAAACGAAAGCCGAUUACAGUGGUGGUCGCAGUAGCAAGGACUUUAUCGCCUACAUGACUAAUCCUAAUCUUUCGGCCAGUGAACCCGUGCAUGUCAAGCACAAAACCGAUGAGCUGUGAUGCCAGUAUUACCGUGUGUGUGGCCACAAUGUAGGUGGAGGUGGAGAAAAAUAUUUCAGUUUAACUGCUACCCAACGAAAGUAAACUACAAAUGAAUCUUCAAUUUUUUUUUAUACCUAUCUGUUAAGUUCAAAUAAGCUACUGUAAGCAUGCUCUUUAAAGUUAUUAUUCUGUAUAUACUCAAGUGUGAUUGUUCUAGCAGAGUUCUCGAAUUUUGAUAAAAAUCUAUCUUGUUUAGUAUUCAAUUUAUAUUGAAAUAAAAUCUGUCUUAGACUUCA